CAUUUUGGAGACUUUUUGGGAAAAAAUCUUUGUGAACUAAAGAGGGUAAAGGCAUCACACCCAACAAUGAAGACCAGCAUCCUGCUAAUGUUCCUCUGGGGGUUAUCCUGUGCUCUUCCAGUAACCAGGUAUCAAAAUAAUGAAUCUGAAAGUUCUGAAGAAUGGAAGGGCCAGUUGACUCAGACACCAACACCACGCUUGGAGAGCAGUGAGUCAUCAGAAGGAAGUAAAGUGAGCUCAGAGGAACAGGCAAAUGAAGACCCCAGUGACAGCGCUGAGUCAGAGGAAGGCCUGGGCUCCCAUGACCACCAGUAUGUUUAUAGAUCAGCUGGUGGCCUCUCCAAGGGUGUAGGAAAGGACGGCGAUGACAAAGAUGACGAUGAAGAUGACAGUGGAGAUGACACCUUUGGUGAUGAUGACAAUGGCACGGGGCCUGAAGAGAGACAAGAAGGAGGACACUCCAGACCGGGAAGUGAUGAGGAUUCUGCUGACACCACACAAUCCAGUGAAGAGAGUGCCCCUCAAGGGGAGGACAGCGCCCCAGAUGCCACCAGUGAGAGCAGGGACCUUGACAGCGAGGGCGAGGCGGACAGUAGGCCCGAGGGCCUUGACUCCACUACAGACAGUGAGAGUGAUGAGCACUGGGUGGGGGACGGCAGUGAAGGGGAGAGCAGCCACGGAGACGGCUCCGAGUUUGAUGACGAGGACGAGGGAAUGCAGAGUGAUGACCCAGACCGCCUCAGGAGUGCCAGAGUGAACAGUGCCCUCACCAAGUCAAGAGACUCAAAAGCAGACAGUGAGCAAGUCAGCACUCAGGACUCAGGGGACAGCCAAUUAGUGGAGCAUCCCAGCAGGAAAACCUUCAGAAAAUCCCACAUUUCAGAGGAAGACGACAGAGGUGAGCUCACUGAUGGCGACACAAUGGAAGACAUCAAGAGUGACUCUGCAGAAGACACUGACUCCAAAGAAGCCGGCCUCAAGCAAUCCAGGGAAGACAGCAGGAGUGACUCUCCAGGACUCAGCGAGGAGUAUCAGUCCCAGGAAGACAGUCAAAACAUCCAAGACCCCAGCAGUGAGUCCAGUCAAGAAGCUGACCUGCCAUCCCGCGAAACCAGCAGUGAGUCUCAGGAAGACGUGGUGACUGAGUCCCGGGGAGACAACCCAGAUAACAUUGCUAGUCACACAGAAGACAGUGAAUCCAGUGAGGAGGACAGCUUGAACACCCGCUCCAGCUCAGAAAGUGAAUCCAGAGAAGAGCAAGCUGACAGCGAGUCCAAUGAGAGCCUCAGCUCCUCGGAGGAGAGCCCGGAGUCCCCUGAGGUUGACAACAGUUCCAGCCAGGAGGGCCUUCAGUCUCGCAGCACAGAGAGCCAGAGUGAGGAGAGUCAGUCUCAGGAAGAUGAUGACAGUGAUUCUCGGGACAGCAGCAAAUCCAGAGAAGAUAGCAACUCUACUGAGAGCAAAUCAAGCAGCGAGGAAGAUGGCCAGUCGAAAAAACUUGAGAUAGAAAGCAGGAAGCUAACAGUGGAUGCUUAUCACAACAAACCCAUUGGGGAUCAAGAUGACAAUGACUGCCAAGAUGGCUAUUAGCGUCAGCUGUCCUCAGAGGUGACUUUCACAUAAAGGAGUCUCGGGGGCUUGAAAGCAGGGAAAUCAUUGUAACU